GUGAGGUCAGGUGUCACUCUCUGCAGUAGAUGCAGUCCACAGAAUCAUGUUCUGGACCUGAUCCUGGAUCUGAGUUCAGAUGUUUAUUUUUUCUCUACAGAGAUUCUAUAUUUUGUUAAUGUGGAUUUUUCAUGAGAGCAGGGUGGAUCGUCAUCUCUCCAGCUUUAAGUGGAUUUAAUUCAGAGUGCUGGAUGUGUCCUGGACUGGUCCGGUUCUUGGGUUCCUGUGCAGCUCUGGCUUUGUUCCACACCUCUGAGUUGUUUUCAGUGAUUGUUUCCCGAGCUGGAGAAGCAGCCUAAGCUAAUCUGCUGUGUAGGCAGGGCUCAGAGUGAGACCACCGUUUUCUUAUUUCUGGAUGAUUCAGGAUCAAAUUUUCUCUCGUCGUCCUCCUGACAGUGCUCUGCGUGGCUACCUCAUGUUGUGUCAGAGGGCAGAAAUAUAACACAUUUUUUCAGAUGUCCUCUGCUGUUGUAAGUGAGACAUUGUGUUGGGGACAGAGCUGAGAUUCUGGACUAAAGUUAAAGUGCUUAAAGUUAAAGUUUUCUGAAUCUAACACGUGCUGAAGCUGUCGUUCAGGACGGCGUUCACACUGUUGUUCCCUGAACUGGGUCAAAAACCACCUGAAACAUCCUGGAAUUCAAAUACCUUUAUUCCAGGCGAGGACACUAAGAUUCAGAUUAUUUCUCUCACAGUUUCAGAGGAUUUAUGAAAAUCAGUUUGUUUACCUCUGAGACAGCAACAGGUCAGAGAAGAAUUGGAAGAAUUUAGUCAUGAAAGAACUUUUUACUCCAAACACUGGGAAACCUGGUCUCCAUCGAGCUCUGCGGGUGAUGUGAACCCUGUUCUCAUAGGACGUAAAUCACAGAGCAUUGUUUCUUCAGGCAUUACAGGAGUAACAGCUCCGCCUCAUUUAAAAUCAAAUCCACGAGUGAAAACUGAAUUUAUCACACUGAGUGCAAACAGAAACGUGAUGGGGUGAACAAAGCUGGCAGGUGAAUACAUGAAUGUUUAAAAGUUUUCACUGAUGAUGGUUUGUAUUCAACAAGCCGUCACAUCAUCCUCUGACAGGGGGCGGGUGGGUUCUUGGCACUUUUGUGAGAAAUAUGAAAGAGAAAACACUCAGAGCUCCAGGGAUCGUCUCAUCAGAGUCUGCGUGCUUGUACAUCCAUGAAUUCUACUUUAAUUUGGUAAUUAGUGAGCUUUAGAUUUGGAAAUGUUGAACUGUUGCUUUAAUCUUCACGCUGAUGUAUCUCUGUGAUAAUCCAACGGGUGUUUAAAGGAUUUAAAGAAGGAGAGUCUGAAAAGAAAAAAGCAUUUCAUUCUUCUGUUUAUCCAAAAACACAGGACAUUUUGUUAUGUGUCCCAGCAGUGAUGUGUUUCUGAUACGGUGUUUGAAAUCCAGUAUUUCCAGUAUCUGUCCAUCAGAAUGUGUGAAGGGAAACGACCCUCCAACAGGAACAUCUGGAAACAUGUCCAGCUCUGUGCACAGCUGCAACUAACAAGUGUUUUCUUUGCUGAUUAGUCUGUAGAUUCAUUGAUUUUCUCCAUUAAUCGUUUUAUCUAUAAAUUUCCAGAAAAUGGUGAAAAUGUCUUUGUUUUUUUCUCUGACCAUCGACGAAAGAGAAACAGAGUUUGUGUCUGUGACGAGUCGACGAGUGAAGAUCAACAAAACUCUUCUAAGUUGGUGUUUUUCUGAGAAUGAAAACUAAAUAGUUUAUGUUUAACAGUUGACUUUGCUUUAAAUUCUGUGAAAUCCCAAAUUUCCUCCAGGCUCAUUGCUCAUAACUCUGCUGCAGCUGUUUUAUUUUAAACUCUACAAAUGGAUAAUUCAGCUCAUCUUUCCCUUUGCAGGCGUCCAUGGAGCUUUUCAGACGCACUGCUCUGAGGAAAUGUUUAGAAGCUAAACCACAUUCAAAGUGGCAAAAUGGAAAUUUCCACAUUCCCCUGAAAUCUGUUGUCAGCUCGGUGAGAGGUCAGACGAAUGAGUGCCAUGUGUCAGACCAAGCAGCAGUUUGGAGAUGUUAGCACUGAUGGAGGCCAGUAAUGUGAAAGUUAAAGCUAAAACAUCCAGCAGCACUGGAAUGAUGUUGUAGAGCGUUGCCUCCACUCACUGCUGUUCACGGUGCCUUCAUGUCUCCAAUUAAACAAGUCUGACUGAAGCUACUUCCUCUUUCACGCUCUCUGUUUAGGAAACACCUGCUUCGCACGCCCAGAGGCGGAGGGACGAAAGACGCUGAGGGACACAGGCUGCUCCAAGAUUCAACAUCUGAAGUAGAAACUGCAGGAAUGUCCCCAGUAAAUCCCCUCGACCCACACACACACACACACACACACACACACACUCCUGAAGUGAAGCUAAGACGCCCUGCAGCACAGUGUGUUAGAGACACAGGCGAGGGUCAGUGAUGUGUGAGUGGGGUGGUGGGAGCGAGGGCAGUGGACUGUGACUGUGACAGACUGUAUCUUCACAUCAUCAUAUCAGUACAGCCUGUAUGUAAAGCAGCAGAGUCCCUGUGUGUGUCCGUGUGUGUGUGUGUGUUGUUGAUUUAAUUUCAGAAGCGACUGAAGAAAGUGACAGUAUAAACCUGAGCUCAUGGGCCUGAAAAAUUCCCACCCUAAGUUGUUCCCGGGGGACAUCGUGGAGUAUCCCAGGAACAAGUACUUUUCCCAUUUCGCCGUGUACUACGGAGAGAAGGACGGCGUUCCCUACGUGGCUCAUCUGACAUGUCGAGAUUCAGACGCCAAGCUCCCGCUCUUUGGCCGAGCUCUGAGGUCAGAGGUCAAACUGGAUCCACUGGAGCUACUGGGGAAAAAAUACAAGGUCAGCAACAUGCUGGACGACUCGUUCUCGGCCAGAGACUUUCACAGCGUGGUGAAGCCGGCCAUCGACGACAUGAUGGGCCGCGAGGUGACCUUCGACAUCCUGUUUCACAACAGCGAGCACCAGGCCACGCUCUUCAGAUACGGAGUCAAGAAAUCUGAGCAGAUAGAGAAAGUUUAUAAGCACAUCAUGCCGGCCUGGAAGAAGCUGUUUGAGAACAAGAAACUGUGAAAACUGCUUUAUGCUCAGGUUUCAUCUCCACCACCGGAGGGCGCCGUCGUUCCCUGAUCAAAUGUAAGAUUUUGAGGAUAAAUUUCAUUUUCUGAGAAAGUGUCACAAUGUUGAGUCAGACAAAAAAUAAUAUUACAACAUGAAGUUAAUGAGAGAAAAGUUUUUCUUAAAGGUUUAAAACGAAUGAACAAAAUGUUUGUGUAGAUUCGAUUCAUGUGUUCACAACUUCAAAACCUUUUAUUCUCAAAAUCUCACAGUCCCAGUGUCAGUUACAUGUCACCUCAGAGUCAGUGCUGAGAGCCACUGUUUGAAUCAUCCUCCACAGCGUGAAUUAAAAAAAAAAAGAUUAUUUACAAAGUGGGACAAGUUUUGAUGUGAAGUUCCAGUUAAUUCAUAUAAAACCUGAAUGUGGAGCUAAUACAGUGGAGGAGUGUUGCUAUGGAAACAGACCGUUUGAGUUCAAUAAUCUGAGAAAAAAUAUAUUUUACUCUUAAAUCUGAAGAUUUAAGAGUAAAAUAUAAAAAUACCGAUUAUGUUUCACUGAUUAUUUUUAUAAAAACUAAACGUUUCUGUCCUCUGGUGAUUUGAUUGAUGUUUUGAUGUCAUUUUGUAUGAUCAUUGUUAUUAUUAUUACCAUUAUUAUCUCAUUAUUGCUUUUGUGGUUGUUUUGUUGUGUUUUCUUUUUGGAAAAAACUGAAGUUUAAGUUCAAGUAAACAAAUUUUUAUCUUUGCCAUCUAAGCCAGCCCAUUAACAUCUGUGACAUUAGAGACCUGCAGGUUUUUGUCCAGUUCAAGCAAAAAUAUAAUUUAUAAUGUGUCAAUGAAAACAAAAUCAUAAUGAGUAGAUCCAUUUCUGAGGUGAAGAGAAUUCUGUGACACUUUAUGUUACGCGUUAACCCUUCCUGGAAACACCAGGAAGGGUUAACGUACCUGUUUGUAAUCUGGUGCUAAAUUUAUAAAUAAAAAAAUAGAAGUUUCCUCAAAA